AUGGUGAUACGACGAAAGGCACGGACCAGGUUGCAAGCCGGAGAAAAGGAAAAGAAAUUCAAGGUAUGGAAACAUAAUUGUGUGGACCAAAGUGUUUUAGUUCUUGUCUUUUGCUGACCAUAUUGCUAAAAUCUCGGUGGAUUAUGCUUCAUCAUCGUUGGCAUUGCCAAACGGAUUGAACGAACGGCACACUUUUUUCUUUGAGACUGUGACUAAGUGGAUUGACCUCGAUUAUGGAGAUGAUUUCAGUGAGUUUGCAGAAUUUACGCGCAUUUUUAUUUUUUAGAGGAUUUCUUAGCUGAAAUAAACCACGAAGAGCUUGCCACAUAUUCUCAGAUUUUGCAUCACCAAGACAGAAUCGCUGAUGCCAUUCAGAAGCAUCUUCGGAUCAGGAACAGCUCAGCUUUGUGCGCAAUAUUAGAGUAAGAAUAAUAUUUUUUCUAUUCUGUUUUCAGGAUUUCCAUUGGGUUUGCAAGAGAUUUGAGAGAAGACUUUGAGAAGCAUUUUUGGAAUUUCUUCGACACAAUUGUUUUCUUGAUUGAAUGUCGAAUCCAGAAUGUGGAAGUAAUCGAGAGUUGUUUCCGUUCUCUAACCGUCUUCUUCAAACUGCAAUGGAGGAAAAUAGUGCCGACGUUAAGAAGGACAUUAGCAAGGUUAUUUCCCUUGUUGUCUUACAAGCAAGAAUUUGUCAGAAGGUUUAUCGCCGAAGCCGCUUCAUUUCUUCUUCGGAAGUCAGCGAAUGUCCAGAAGAUCGUCAAGUUCAUCAUCGAAAAGUCUGCUAACCAAGAAGACGAAUACAUUGCCGAUGGAAUCGUUCAACUUCUGUUUAAUUCAAUAAAAGGAACGAAGGGAUUUUUCCAUUCUCAAGCUUCAGUUCUGUUGAAUCAGUUUUUGGAUGCUAUUUAUUCUUUGGAUCAAGACUCGAAGGACUUUGGGGUCCAAGUUAUGGAAGGAGUGAUGGUUGAAUGUGUCCAUCAUGCUGAUAAACCCAAUUUUAAAGAUAUUUCUGAUACACUUUUGGUGAGUUUUGUUUUGUUUUUUAUUGUUUUCAUUUUAGACUCGAAUAUCGAAGGAUGCCGAGAAUUCGAGGUCUUAUCUGGACAAUGACCUCAGAUUAGUCAGGAUUAUUCUAUUAGAGAAGAAUGGAUAUAUGUUCACUGAUUUUGAGCGGGCGCUGAAACUUUUGGAAGGUAUCCUGGAUGGAAGUUCUGCAUCGGAAAUCUUUUAUGAUGUCGCUGGUAUUGUCAUCAGCACAUAUUACACUAAUUUUAAGUCUAAAGACUCGAUUUUGCGCUUUUUUGAGAAGACUGUGAACAUGACGACCUCGGAUAAUAUAAAUUGGCUCUUUUCCUUCUACCGACGUCUUGUGGAUCUGAGCGUUUUUGACCUCUGGGCGAUGGAAAGUGUUGGAAAAUUGGGCAAUGAAUUGAUGAAAAAUGAUGUUACAAACCUCGAAAAGUUCUUAGAUUUCUAUGUGGAUAUUAUUCUACACAAAAAUCAGAUAUCAUUUAACCAAAACUGUAGGUUGCUGGUUUUGUUUUCUGUACUGUUUAGAUACGAUCAACAAGUUCUUCGAUCCCACCGGCCACAAAUCCUUUAGAAAUUUGUUAAUUAAAACGCUGGAGAACAAGGAAAUUUCUGAAGAGAUGUCUUUGAAAUGCAUUAUUGCCAUCCCAUAUGUUUUAGUUGGAAAUGAGUACGAUGAUGUGGCCAAGUUACUGUUGUCACCUCUAAAAUCGACGAUAAAGCAGGCUAAGGACCAGUGCACAUUGAAAGCUUACUUGGGUUUAUAUGUCAUCCGUCUGUUAAAUAUCAAGGAGAAAUUUGUUUCGUUAAACGACAUUCUCGAAUACCUAAAGUAAGUUAAAUUUUUUUGAAUAAUUUUUUAUUUUACAAUUAGGCAUGCUCGCGAUGAUGAAGUGAAGCUCCGAAUAGUUGAUCUUGUUGUCCAUUCUUUUGAUACUUCGGAAUUGACAGUAGAUUCAUUCAACAUUGCUCUCGGAUCUCUUGAAAAGACGGUCGGAAAUCCGAAUAGUAAUAUCCGCCAUUUGGCGUUGAGGAUUCUCAAAUUCUUCUCGUAUUCUUUGGAGGACAUAACCGUAAGUGGAAUAAGAUAAGCUUAUGGUAUAUUUAGAUUACAAAUUUGUUUGAUUCGAUGAUCCAAGUGGAAUGUCAGCCCUUGACUUUCGAGAACCACAGAGAAAGGGCCAGUUUUUUAAGCCGAGUUAAAACAGCAUUGUUGGCCCUCAACGCGAAAGUUGACUAUAAAGAAAGAUUGCAACAAGUAAGUUAAUUCUUAUUUAAUAUCUAUUCGUUGUAGAUUACUAUCCGCUUUACAAUCGCCCAACUAUUUGAAAAGCUAACUUUAUAUUGGCCUUUGGUAAAUGAUAUUGCAAAAACAAUGGGCGAGGUUGUGAGUACAGACGCCUUGUGGGUGGCGUUCAGUGAAUUCAUCGAGGUCUCCAAUAAAUUUAUCCGGGGAGGAGAGAAUGAAAAGAUUAUUGGAAUGUCUACUGAUUUGAUCAACAAAAUUAUGCAUUCUGAAGGUAGUCGGGUGGAUUAUUGGAGCUUCAGGUUGGAAGUUCUCAAAUUAUUGGGAAGAUUCAUGGAACUGGCAGAGAGAAAGAACCGAAGUCUGGUCCCGCUUCUUCUGGACAUCUAUCAUAACGAGUUCCAAUCAGUGACUGUCACAACAAAACUCUGGGAUGAUAUAACUAUUCAGAAAGGAAAGGAGAUUGAAGUUGAACAAGGGGAAGAUGAUGAAAUAGAAAUUGCCGCAGAAGAAAGUAGUAUUGCCAAGAAAUUGGACAGGAAAUUGGUGACGAAUACGAUCAGGCAGAUAUUGGUCAUCUUCGCCAAGUUCUCUAACUUGAAGCAGGUCUACAAAAGUGCUGAACUCUAUGAUGUAAUCAACGACGUAGGUUUAAAACGAGAAUCCAUGAGUUUAAUUUUUUAGCUUCUCCGUUCUGAUCAUUCUGAUGUCCAAAAGUAUGCCGUGGAAUGCUUAUUCAGUUACAAGAUCAAGGAAUUGGAUCCCUAUAAAGAGAAUUUCGAGAAUCUGGUGGCUGAUAAGCAAUUUUCGGACGAAUUGGUUCACUUUUCGGUCGAUGAACACUCUACAGUUGUGGUUAAUGAACACAGGGAUACUGUAUUGCCCAUUUUGAUGCGGGUUUUGGAUGGGAAAAUGCAUUCAAAAGCUGGUCGAAGGGGAGUCUCAAAACGCCCGGCCAUCUUCAGAUUCGUCGCUGGAUGUCGCCCAGAAGAAUUGGAAUUGUUUUUGAAGACUGUCUUCUGGACUAUCAAUGAUCUUGUUGGUAUGUGAUUUUAAAAUUUUUACCUAUACUAAAACCGGGCCAGAAACUCGAAAAUUUCCAAGUGGAACCAAAAACCUGGGAAACCCAAAAUUAAAAAAAAUCGCCAUAACGUCAGAGUACUGAAAAUGGGAUGAAACAUUGCAUAGCGUAUUCUUAAAGGUUGAUUAACACUUGAGUAAAAUUUCAUGACAUUUGAGAAAACCCCCCGAGAUAUGAUCAAAAAAUGGGGUGGAACCAAAAACGUGGGACGCACUGUAUAUCAUUAAUAUUUAUAUUUCUAGACGAAGGAAACUUGAACAAAGCCUGUGAUCAACUCAUCAAAACAUACAACCCGCAUAAGACUGUGGCUUUACAAAGGAUUUCGAGGUGA